AUGUCUUCUAGUACUGAUCAAACACUUCUGACUCCUGUUCAAGGAGGUGCAACAGGACCAACAUGUUUGGAAAAUACAAAAUACAAAUGGACUCAAGAUAUUACUUCUAUCAUGAUUGUUAUUCCUUUUGAAAAUCCUAUCACCACCAAGACAGUGAAAGUUAAUUUUGAAAAGAAAUCUAUCAAGGUUACAGUUGUCGGAAUUGAACAACCAAUUAUUCAAGGAAAAUUAUGUAAAGAAGUUGAUGAAGAUGAAUGUUAUUGGCAAAUUGAGGAUAAAAAGGAAUUAAUUAUUAAUUUACAAAAAGUUGUUGGAAUUUGGUGGGAUUACGUGAUUGAAGGACAUCCUAAAAUUAAUACAUCAGUGAUUGAUCCUCCUCAAGCAAGUAUGUCUGAUUUAAAUCCAGAGAUGAGAUCUACUGUUGAAAAGAUGUUAUUCGAUCAAGCAGCAAAAGCAACAGGAGGUAAAACAUCAGAAGAUAGAAUCAGAGAAGAAAAUAUUCGUAAACUCAAGGGUAUGCAUCCAAAUAUUGAUUUUUCUGGAAUGGAUUUUAGCAAGGCACAAUUUAACAUGUAA